AUGGAAACCAUUUCUGAUACAUCAAUGGCAUUUGUUGGUCAUACCACUGAUAAUGAUGAUGAAGAAGAAGACUAUGAUACUCAAGUCUUAGCAGGAGAAUCUCAAAGUCCAGCUAAUAUAGAGGACUUUUCACAAUUUGCGGUUCAAUUCAUUGGCCAAAUGGAAGAAUCUUCCAGCUCUACAAAAGACAAGGGAGGAGGAGGGGUGGGAGGUAGGAAGAGGGUUAAGGGCGGAAAGGGAGCAGCCAAGCUGAGAAUUGGGUCCUGGAACAUUGGCACCCUGACGGGGAAGUCUAUAGAGUUGGCGAAGAUUCUUGAGAAGAGGAAGAUCAGCAUAGCAUGUGUCCAGAAGUCUAGAUGGGUGGGAGAUAGGGCCCGGGAUGUAGAUGGGUUUAAGUUAUGGUUCUCAGGAGGCCCGAAGGGCAAGAACGGAGUUGGCAUUCUAGUUGAUAGAGAGCUCCGUGUUCUGGUGGUAGGGGUCAAGAAGGUGAGUGAUAGGCUGAUGACUAUUAAGAUAGUAGUUGGAGGGCAUACUUUAAACGUGGUUAGUGCUUACGCACCGCAGGCGGGCCAGGAUGAGGAGAUCAAAAGGCGAUUCUGGGAGGAUUUGGACGAGGUUGUAUGGGGUUUUCCGCACUCAGAGAAGCUUUUUCUUGGUGGUGAUUUCAAUGGCCACAUUGGGUCGUCGGCUAGGGGAUACGGUGAUGUGCAUGGAGGCUUCGGGUUUGGGGAUAGAAAUGAGAGAGGUACGGCACUGUUGGAUUUCGCCAGAGCUUUCAAUUUGGUGAUAGCGAACUCUAGUUUUUAG